ACAUCCUCACGAACUUGCUCAUGCUGGCGCUUGGUAUCUGGAAAGUCAACGGUAUGGGGCUACUGCCGACAACGCGCUCUGAUUGGCUGAUGUGGGAGGGCGAGAGGUCGUGGUCCGAACGAGCGGUGCCGAAGGAGUGGCUAUGAACGUCGCGAUAGAGCAUUGCAUGGCGUUCGGUGCGAGUCAGUGGUGACUUCCCUUUUCGUUGCGUCAGCCACACUCGAGGCCUUCGAGAGUUUACGAACGUAAUCUGAAUAAUCCAAAAUGAAAGCAGUCUCAUUCACCACUGCACCAUGACUGUGAAGUCCAUUCUACGUCCGUCCAACAGCUACACAUCGUCUUCACGUGUGUGCACGCCGUUUAUCUGCGCACCGGUGCCUGUAGGUCGGGUCGCAUAUGUAGUAAACAACGCUAGUCCUGGGCGCCUACCAACCCAAUCAGGCACCUUCCCUUCAACAAGCCACAGCCACCACCGCGUUUCACAAUCCGACCUAUCGACAGACAGGCAGCCGCCUAGAAUCUCUACAUGUCUACGCCUUCACACAUCGUGCUUCACUCUCUUUUCUAAGCUUGAACUUUCAGUCGUAAUCGCGUUGGAAUUGUUUCUAAGCUUGCACAGGAUGAGCUCUUCAAUUUCUACUGGCUCAUCGCCAGUAAAUACUGGCACCGUCACGGUGCGGCUGACUCCAUAUACGGAGGCUUCAAGGGAUGGGGAUUCACGUCUGGAGCAAUUCGAAGUUAUCUCUGCCCAGCAAGAGUGCAUCAGUUUCAGCCUGGAGGAACUCCGUUUAGCCGAUUACGAACAAGGACAUGGAUCUCUUCCUAGGCAGAGAAACAAAGGUUCAGCAACGCAAGCAUUUCGACGAUCCAAUAACAAGAUGCAAAACAGUCAUCUUGACCUUCUCACCGGCCCCGCAAUCGAGAUUCGCGUCGGCACAACAACCUCUGUGAACAGUUCCAAUGAUCACACUGUAAACUGGUUCUUACCUAAGGCCUUGAUAUCCCGCCACUCACCUUUUCUCGCGGCUGCUUGUAAUCGGGACUUCAAAGAGCGUCACGAAAACCUUAUAGAGCUCCCAGACGACGACCCCACUGUCUUUGCACUCUUCGUCGAGUGGCUGUACUAUGGAGAAUACGCCAUCCAACCACUGUCACUCAAACCACGCCUCAGAGAUGAUCUUGUCAGUGUCGAUGCCGAAUGCUGGGUCCUUGGUGACAAGCUACUGUGCACCGAUUUCAAGAAUUACGCCAUGAAGCGUCUCUACAACCAACACGCUGCCGGAUACUUCAAUAUUUCAAUCUCAACGGAUGACGUCCGGUUCGCAAGCAGCAACAGCGCUACCUCCUCAAAACUUCGCGAACUGUAUGUGCAUCUAGCGGCGACGCACUUUGGUAAUCCGAAUCGCGUGCAGGGGACCGUGGAGGAGUGGGACGAACUCCUUGUCAAUCAGGCUGAUUUGCGGCGCCUACUUUUGCAGAGUUUGUGUCUGGACGCCAAGCAACGGAAAUUCGUGAGAUACGAAGAGUACUACAUGGACCAUGGUGAUGCUCCUGUCUGAUAGUGCAUAUAGGUUUCUUAUCACCAUGCCGGCGAGUUCGUUUCAGUUUCAUGGAUAGAAAGCCAACUGCGUAAUGAGUUCUGAUAGAAUUGAUGAUUCGAUCUCAUUGCUUGGUCUGUCGCUAAGAUAUCCUCUCGAUGAAGCA